AUGAAUUUCGACGAAGACCUCCCCCCCGACCUUGUCGAGGCUGAUACGAGCUCGCAAGACGACAAGCUCGUCAAGGUACCCAUUACCAUCGUCACUGGCAAGCUGAUAAUAGACCACGAGUGGGAGCCGUGUUUAUCGCCGCCACUAACCUCGCAAGCAGGCUACCUCGGGGCCGGGAAGACCACCCUUCUAAAUUACAUCCUCACUGCCCGUCAUGGAAAGAGGAUCGCCGUCAUAAUGAACGAGUUUGGCGACUCACUCGAUAUCGAAAAGUCCCUGACUAUCAACAAAGGUGGCGAACAGGUUGAAGAAUGGCUCGACGUCGGCAACGGUUGCAUUUGCUGCUCUGUGAAGGAUUCCGGAGUAAACGCAAUCGAGUCCCUGAUGGAGAAAAAGGGUGCAUUUGACUACAUCCUCUUGGAAACCACAGGACUAGCGGACCCGGGUAACCUAGCCCCCCUAUUCUGGGUUGAUGACGGGUUGGGGAGUACCAUCUACCUAGACGGCAUCGUCACGUUAGUAGAUGCGAAGAACAUCCUGCGGAGCUUGGAAGACCCGUCGGGGAAAGCAGAAGGCCACGAAGACCAUGACGGCCACGGGCCCGUCAUGACGACCGCCCACGUCCAGAUUUCUCACGCGGAUGUUAUCGUGAUCAAUAAGUCGGACUUGGUCGAUGCGGCGGAACUAGAAGAUAUCCAAGCGCGGAUUCGGGCAAUCAACGGUCUCGCGAAGAUUCACGUGACGAAGCAGAGUGCCGUACCCCAGUUGGAAGGGUUCCUGCUGGAUUUGCAUGCAUACGACCAAGUCGAUGAUGCGCUGAAUGCCGUAAAGAAGGGGCAUAGUCACCUUGACCCUACUAUUUCCACAGUUGCCGUUGAUGUGCCACCCUUGGCACCCCAACAACUCGAGCACGUCGACGCCUGGCUAAGAUCUGUGCUGUGGGAAAGCGAGGUACCAGGAGAAACUACCAGUCCAACCCGCCCCGUUGAAAUCCAUCGCCUGAAAGCCCGUCUAGUCUUUGACAACGGCGAUGUGAAGAUGGUGCAAGGUGUCAGAGAGAUUUUUGAGAUUUUUGACUUAGACUCACCCUCGGAUCCAGACGGCGGCACGGCGCAAGCCGGAAAGGUUGUUCUCAUCGGAAGGGGUAUUCAAGAGGUCAACUUUGAGCGGAGUCUGCUAGAGGCAGUCCGAGGCCGGUAA